UCCCCUCCUCUGAGUUCCUGUUUACUCUUUCCCAAACGUGCUUUAAACGUUGUACGUAAUAAUAUAUUAACUUGCGAACGGAACAGGCACCAGUAUGGACCAAGACACAGCUAAGGUGCUGUUCCGUGAAGGUGCCAUUUUAUUGUUCCUUGACGUACCUGAAGGUACAGAGUUUGGUAUUGACUAUAAUUCAUGGAGAGUUGGACCUCAGUUCCGUGGUGUGAAGAUGGUUCCUCCAGGAAUACAUUUUAUAUAUUACAGUGCUUGUAAUAAAGAUGGAGAGACAAGCCCAAGAACUGGAUUCUUUUACAACUUUAAACAGAGAGAAAUUGUUGUGCGGAAAUGGGACAGUGCAUUAGAAGAUAUAGGAGAAAGUGUGGUCAGUCCUGAGGAUUUACAGCGUUACCAUGACAACACUCAAGAAAUGGACAAAUUCCUUGGACCCUAUCCAUACGACAAUUACAAGACCUGGGUGUCCCUGUCAAGCUACAUUACAGAUGGUCUGGCAUCCCGUCUCUCACCAGAAAAAGGGAAAAUUGCAUCUGUGUCAGAAUUUAUCUCUGAUAAAAGUACAAGUCAGUCCAGAAAAGAAAACAAUGAAGCAACUGGUAUUCUAAAUAAGUCUGGAACUUUCACAUCUGAGGGUCCUGUGUCUUUCCAGGAAGCUGAAGAUCGACUUCCAGAUAUGAAAACAACUCCAGGGACAUCUUUACGAUUCUCAAUAAUCCCAAAAAAUAAAUUUCCACCUGGAAGUUCUCCAUCAGAAAUCACAAAGCACAACAUUGACUCAAGUUAUACGCUUGAAUGUAUUCUUGGUACAUUUUGCCCUGAGAACUCAAAUGAUAUUUUGGGAGAAAUCCAGUUUUCUUUUAUUUGUUUUCUAAUUGGUCAAGUAUAUGAUGCAUUUGACCAAUGGAAAAAGCUGGUUCAUCUGUUGUGCAGUAGUGAGGAUGCUUUAGUCAAACACACAGAAUUAUAUCUGAACUUUAUAACUGUUCUACAUUUCCAAGUGAAAGAAAUUCCUGAAGAUUUCUUUGUUGACAUUGUCUCUCAAGACAACUUUCUCACCUCCACAUUAAGAGAGUUCUUUACAAAUAUUGAGUCAGGUCAAGCUGAUGAAAUCCUUCGUAAAAAAGGGCUAAAAUUUCGUGAUCAUCUUACUGUCAAAUUUAAAUGGGACUUUACUUCUGUUCCAGAUGAUGACGAACCUGUAGUGGUUUCUCUGGUGGAUUGAUCUACAGAGUGAUCUCCCCUUGUUUUACAGCAAAUGUUCACAUGAAAUUUUAUUUCAUUGGAAUGGUUUCUGUAAAAGGAACAAAUAGAAACAGAGAUUGUCUGGUUUCUGAAGAACAAGUGAUUGUUUCUUACUAAUCAAGAGAUAAUUUAACGGGAGAAUGACUACAUAUAGAUUACACUGUAUGCAGUGAUGAUGGGAAAUUGGUUAAAAUUCAUAAUCAAUUAUGAAUUAAAAUCAAAAAGGCUUCUCAUUGUGGUAAAUCAUUUUCAUAUUUGGCUGACUGUGUGUUCAGUAUUCAUAGAUUUAGUUUAUUAUUGCUUUACAUCCUAUGAACAGCCGAGGUCAUGAGAACAUGCCAGGUUUCGAUGGUGGAGGACAGUUGGAGUUCAUGGAGAUAAACCACAAACCUGCAUUGAGUCUGUGCCUGGUGACUGCUCCAUGUAGGUUUCCAACUCACAACUGAGAGAAUUUAUUUCAGAAUUAAUAGGUCAUCAAGUACAGAUAUUAGUGAAUAAAUAUCAAAAUCAAGGUCAAGGUCGUCAGGUACAGAUAUUAGUGACAAUAUCAAAAUCAAGGUCAUCAAGUACAAAAAACUGAAUCAAAGGAUAUUUUUGUUUAUAUGUGUUUCUUUAGAUAAACAAAUGA